AACAGUAAUAGAGGCGGCAGUACUGAGUACCUCCGUACCCAGAUUCUGGAUAAAUAUGAGCAACAAGUAAUAAAGCAUAGCAUGAGCCUCGGAGCGACUUGCGUUUUGGCCACUCACAUGCUUCUUCGUUGGUGGUAGACAGUUCAGCCCUCUGCAUGAUCCUUCUAGUUCUCGCUGGCAUUGCUGGUCGAUCGUCCGAAGUCUGAUAGGCAGAUACCAGUUUACAUUGGUGCAUCCAAUCUGGCCAACGAGGCGGGAAUGCUAAAUGCCUACUGGUAGUGCUGUAGUCACUAGUCGCUAGUUCUGUGCUCGGCCAGGGGUCGAGUAGCGGCAAGAAAUAAAAGCACUUGGGGUUCCGACACACAACGUAUCUCUCAACUUCACCACCCCCUACACCACCACAUUCGUGUGAAGACACACUCUCGCUGACUCCUACGGCUUCCCGGUAAGAAGCAGUAUCGAUCUGUGAGUAGACUGCCCUCGAAUUCAUCAAUUUGAAGACACAAUGGCUAAUUCUGUACGCAGUCCUGGUCCUCGCCUUCUCUUUCCCUCCCUGGACUCGAUCCUCAACAAAACCCUCAGCCAGAUCAGGUACCACCAACUCCAACUUGUCCACGCACAACUGUCACAACAACACCUUCGUUGAUCAGUCCUACAAUCUGUUAUACUCUCACCAUCACCCGUAAAAAAAAACACAUCACAAUGCCUACCACUGCACGCCCUCAACAUGCUGUCCUGAAGAGGAAUGUUUCAAAAAAUGCCUACUCCUCCCCCUCAACGGCUGCCGGCUCACCAAACGAUACACCACGGCAAUCACCUUCCAGUACCUCACUCUCCUCCAUGUCAUCGGUAGAAGAAUCAAAGAGGGAGGGUUACGGUAUCCUGCUUGAUACACACGGACACGAAUUCAAACUCCCAGACUACACAGUCAAUGAUAUUCGAAAUGCCAUUCCAAAGCACUGCUACGAACGAUCAGGAGUCAGAGGUCUUGCAUACGUCGCCCGAGAUAUUUUGUACCUUGCAGUCACGUUCGUCGCUUUCAACAAAUAUGUGACUCCAGAAAACAUACCUUCAACCCCUGUUCGUGCUGGACUCUGGGCUCUAUAUACCGUCCUGCAAGGUCUUUUUGCCACUGGUAUUUGGGUCUUGGCUCACGAAUGUGGUCACCAAUCUUUCUCGACAUCCAAGGUUCUCAAUGACACCGUCGGAUGGAUGUGUCACUCAGCUCUCCUGGUCCCAUACUUUUCGUGGAAAAUCUCCCACGGAAAGCACCACAAGGCAACUGGAAACAUGGAGCGUGAUAUGGUCUUCGUUCCAAAGACCCGUGAGGAUUACUCUUCUCGUGUUGGAAAACUCGUUCAUGAACUUGACGAAUUGACUGAAGAGACACCAAUUGCUACCAUGAUCCACUCGAUUGCUCAACAACUUUUAGGAUGGCCAUUGUACCUGUUGGCUAAUGUCACUGGUCAUAACAAUCACGAAAAGCAACCCGAAGGUCGUGGUAAGGGGAAAUCCAACGGUUAUUUCAAGGGUGUCAACCACUUCUCCCCAGCUAGCCCUCUCUACGAAGCCAAGGAUGCAAAACUUAUCUUGUUGAGUGAUCUCGGCCUUGCUAUCGCUAUCAGUGCCUUGUAUAAGCUUUGCCAAGAAUACGGUUUCCAAAAUAUGCUUGUCUGGUACUUUAUCCCAUACCUCUGGGUUAACCACUGGCUCGGUAUUUAUUUCAUUCCAUACUUAUCAUGUUUACAACUAACAAAAAUGCAGUUGCGAUUACUUUCCUCCAACACACCGAUCCAACCCUUCCCCACUACUCUGGUGAAAGCUGGAACUACGUUCGUGGAGCCGCCGCUACCAUCGACCGAGAAUUUGGAUUCGUUGGCCGUCAUCUCCUCCACGGUAUUGUCGAGACUCACGUCCUCCAUCACUACGUCAGCACCAUCCCCUUCUACCACGCCGACGAAGCCACUGAAGCCAUCAAGAAAGUCAUGGGUCAACACUACCGUGCCGAUGUUGAGGGUGGACCAAUUGGAUUCCUCAAAGCUUUAUGGACCAGUGCUCGUUGGUGUCAAUGGGUUGAGCCUUCUGAGGGUGCUAUUGGGGAGGGUAAGGGUGUUUACUUUUUCCGUAACCGAAAUGGUCUUGGUACCAAGCCUAUGAAGUUGUCUCCUCCCAAGGCGUAGGUUCCGGGUUUGAAUAGACGAGAUGUUCAGAGUAUUGAUAAAAGCAGCUUGCUACGGGGAUGAAAAUGGGGAUUGGGUGGACUUGUUUUUUUGCAUUUCUUCUUUUUCUUCUGGUGGAUUGGCAAGGUGGUGUUUGGCGUCUGUCUACCUUUAUUUACAUUCGCUUACAGGAUUUAUUUGUUCCUGGCAGUUGAUUUUGAUACAGUGCGCGGUCUUCCCUUGGGUUCUGGGGGUGUGAAAGGGGGGAUAACGCAGAUGGAACUGCGUAUGUGCAUGAGAUUACAAGAAUUACGUUAGAAAGAGCAUAGCAGAGUAUAACUUGAGCUAGAUGAAUGGAUGAAAGUAAUUGAAAAUUGUAUAUACUUGGUCUCUCGUUUUUUUAGGUGUGUGAUGAUGGUUGGUUGGUGUUGAUGACGUCCAGGUUGAUAUAAUGACGUUGAGUACUGGGGUUGAUUCCUUGAUACCUGCGAUAAUCUUCCUUGGG